AGUAGGCAGGAGGCUGUCUCUUUUCUCUGUGUCUGCACAGCCGGUUCAUUGGUAAUGUGAUGAUUGUCCUGGGGGACAUUUGAUGGAUUAGAGAGCUAAACAGCUCCAUUGCAAAGCACCACCUGAUCUCAGGCCUGCAUCCCAUAUAAAGACAGCGUGAGUGCUGAGCUCAGCUCUUGCUGCCAGAUCUCCCCCUCCCCUCCUUCCCAGCUCCCUCAGUCUCCCUUUCUUUCACUCUCUCUCUCUCUCCCCACACACACACUGCAGAAAGUGUGAGCUGUCCAGUGCUGAAUGUGAGGCACCAUCCCUGGGUCCGCACCGCACAAAAAGGGAGAGACCCCCCUCCCCUUGUACCGCUCAACAUGCCCCGCUCCUUCUUAGUCAAGAAGAUAAAAUUAGAUGACUUUUCCAGUGGGAUUUCGGCCUCUAGUUACCACCACUUUGACGACCAAUGCGUCUUGGGCCAGUCGCUCGCCAGCACCGUGGGCACCUUGGGAGUCCCUGUUGCUGAUAAUGACUUUGUACAGCACUGCAUUGCAACACCUGACUACGAAGAUGGGAAGAAGAGCGAAGACAAGUUUUCAUCCUCAGAUGCUGAAUACACACCAAACCACGAUGACUACAGUGAGCCCGACAGCCCCCAGUCCAGUCUAUCUGCAGGAUAUUUCAGCGGCGAAGCAGCCGUCACGGACAGCUACUCAAUAGACGCUUUCUUCAUCACAGAUGGCCGCUCGAGAAGAAAUGUGGAGAGUCGCGGAAACCAGCGUCACACAUGCAGCGAGUGCGGCAAAACCUACGCCACCUCUUCCAACCUCAGCCGGCACAAGCAAACCCAUCGGAGCCUGGACAGUAAGAUGGCAAGGAAAUGUCCUACAUGUGGAAAAAUGUAUGUUUCUAUGCCAGCCCUGGCCAUGCAUCUUCUCACACACAAUCUAAAACAUAAGUGCGAUGUGUGCGGCAAGGCCUUCAGCCGCCCAUGGCUCCUGCAAGGCCACAUGCGCUCCCACACCGGUGAGAAACCUUUCGGCUGUGCCCACUGCGGGAAAGCCUUUGCCGAUCGAUCCAACCUUCGUGCGCACAUGCAGACGCACUCGGCCUUUAAACACUACAAGUGCAAACGCUGCGAGAAGACCUUCGCUCUCAAGUCAUAUCUUAACAAACAUUAUGAGUCGGCUUGUUUCAAGGGCUCGGAUAAUGAGUGCUCCCCAUAAGGUUAAACACCAGGCUUGAGGAGAGAGAGACGGUACACAAAGAAAUGAGGCACAAAAAAAAUGUUGUGCCAACCUACUUUUAAUUGAUGGCACAACACACCAGAAACUAAAAAAUCAGGGUACUUGGCAUCCAACAGUAUUAUCCUCGGUUGCACUUCACCAUAGACUGUGCAAACGUCAUUUUUAUAUAAUCAUACCGCUUUUUUUUUUGCUUUUUUUCUUUGAAGCUUGACAACUUUAUUUUUAACCGUGCAAUAUACUUCUUUUUUUUUUUCAAUGGAUCAUGGAUAGUUGUGACCUAUCUCUUCUUGAAACACACAUACACACAAAGAGAAGAAACUUGUAGCCUCUCUACUGGCACUCUUAAAGAACCCUUACAUGCAAAGCCAAGCUUUCUGUGGUGCAACACAUGAAAUGUGAAAGUCUUACAAUAAUAUAAGAGUAACAGUAGGAGACACAAUUAACGGAGGGGGGCUCUGUAACACAGACUCAGGUGCCAUUUUCUAUCCUAAGUUAUUUAUUUUUUAAACUGUUUUGUUAUAUGACUCUGUUGCUGAAGAAGCAUUAAUUGCAUUAUUUAUUUUAUCUUUAUUAUUCGUGCCAUGUGGUUAACAAGGCUUAGUAUAAUGCAGACAAGGAGAGAAGACUUUUUUUUUUUUUUUUGCAGCACAAUAAAUAUUAUGCGAGCCAAGGAACAAAAUA